UGUUCUCCUAUGACCCCAUUAACGUGCCCGGCUUGCGCUUCCCUGCACCAGCGCGGCGAGGUAAAAGGACGGAAGCCGAGUUCAAGCCUGGGUAUUCACUGUACAUCAUUACAUGUGCCUCAUCCUCUUUGCUGGGCGCGUACCAUACGCGACGGCGUCACACCAAGGACGUAUAUAACCUUGGUCUCACGAAGGAAAAUGCGGAUAGUAAACGUUAAAAACAUAAACGGCAUUCAGGUCAGGUAAGAGGUAUAAAGUGGGUCAUCAGGCCACUCCAGCCAACACUGAACAGAGACGCUGCAGUGACUCUCAUUCCAGCCACAGACACGGCACGAAACAGGUGGGAACAACAUGAGUCCACGCGCAGUAACCGUCUGCAAACACCGGGCAAUGCUGAGGGUGCUGUUUGGGGCCUGCCUGUCCGUCUUUGUCGUCAUGAUGACCUUUAACCUGUUCUUAAUGAGGACGGUUCGGGCUCCAGCUGACCUCAGGUACAUCCCCGCGGCAUGGAGGAAGGGCAAGGCUGCGGAAGAUACCAAGUUUCCUUGGGAGGGGGGCGAUCUUCAAGACGUACCGUUCGCCAUGAAGAAGGAGGUCUUACAAAUGGUUGCGAAUGAGAAGAACUGUUCGUGUCCAGACGAGAACCCCCUGAUAAAGCUCACUCUGCACCCCUUCUACCACCCGCCGUCCUCAGCUUACCUGUCCGCCGUCUUCAACCAGACGGAACUCAGGGAUGUCGUCAACAGGAAAUACAGGGAGAGGGACAGACUCAAACAAAGGGCGCCUCCUCAGACUCCAUUGCUGUUUGCGGACGGUCGGUCUCCCCUCAGCUACCCCACACAGGGGCUACGGGUCCAGCCUAGGAAAAGCACCAUCAUUCCAGGGUUAAAACUGCGUAUACCAGACGAGAAGGUGGCAACAUAUACUGUGGAAUUCAUCGCCAGGUUGGGGGUGCUAACGACCCUAGCGGACGUACCGGGAGUUGCAGUGGAUGGUGCAGAAAGCACGUACCUGUCCCUGACUGCCGAUGAGCUGACUCAUCUGAACAGACAGCUGCAGUUCAUCGUCUAUACCAACACGUACUUCGAUCCCGACACCGUGGACUACGUGGAGUACAGAUAUGGUGGCUUCGUGGGGGUAAUCCCGAUUCAGAUUCACUAUAAACCCAUGCUUCAGGCAUUUAACUACGUUGACGAUGACAUCGCCUCCAAGGUGACAGUAGCGACGAAGACGUUCCUAAGAUACGACAAGUUACGUCAUAUGAUUGACAGCGUGCGUCAAUUCUACCCCACCAUCACCAUCAUCAUCGCAGACGACAGCGAACAUCCCGAAAAGGUCGAAGGUCAAAACAUAGAACACUACACCAUGCCGUUUAAUAAGGGCUGGUUCGCUGGCCGGAACUUGGCCGUCUCCCAGGUGACCACGCCCUAUUUUCUCUGGGUGGACGAUGACUUCAUCUUCACUGCGGAAACUAGGAUUGACCUUCUGCUCAAGGUCAUCGAAAACACAAACCUGGACAUUGUCGGUGGCGGCGUCUAUGAAGAACUCGGCAUAAGAAAUUCCUGGACACAGAAAAUCAGAAUCGAAGAUGGCGACGAAUUGGGAGACUGUAUGUUCCAAACCAAAGGAUAUUACCACAAAGUUGAAGGCUUUCCCGAGUGCGUGGUCGCGGAUGUUGUGAUCAACUUCUUCCUUGGUGACACGGCCAAAGUCAGAAGUGUUGGAUUCGACCCACAGUUUGCUAGAAUAGGGCACGAAGAGUUUUUCCUCGAUGGACUUGGGAAGCUACGAGUGGCGUCCUGUUCCCAUGUUUCCGUCAGUCACACCAGCAAGAUGCCGCUUCCAUGGAAGAAGUCCAAACUUGACCUGCAGUACAGGUCAUUCCGCGACAAACCCGAAUCCUUCAAAUACAAACAAUUGUUUUACAAGUUCAACCUGAAGUGUAUUCAUCUGAACUGAGAAUUGGCGGCUGGCUAUUGUACACUAAAUGGCAAUGGAAACUUCACGUGCUGCUUGAGUUUGAGUUUAUUUUGAUCCACAAUUAACCUCAUCAGAGGCUAUUCCUCCUGUGGUCACAUGCAUAUAUUUACACGUUAGAUACGUACAGUUAAAAACAUACAGAGACAUACAAAGUGACAGUACAUAGCAGAUGUAGCAUAAUUCUUCAUAGUCAAUAUUUACAGUCCGAUACUUUCCUGCGAGUGAUUUAUACUUCUGAGUGAAAAAUAUGUCAUCAGUUGUGAGUGUUGGCACUGUUUGUUUUGGGUUUGUCUUAACUGAAGACUUGAACUCACCAUGGUCUGAUUAUUUUUUGCCAUACUUCUCGGUUGGCCUUGGGAGAGUGUUUCCCAAGUCAAAAUUUUACCAUCUACGUUGUACCAAGCAUGAAAAAAUAGUUUUCGUUUGAUUUAUAAUGAUAAUGAAAAUAAGUUUAUUGCAAGUUCAGACCCGAAGACUAGUUGCAAACGAAGUAAAGAAUUGGUAUGUAUAAUUGUAUACUUAACAAAGAUUUAUAUAUGAAUUAAAAGGGAGAUAGCAUAUAUUGUAAAUCUAGCUCUACUCAAGCUAUAUGAUGGCUUGAUGGGUUUGACUUCUUUUCCGUAUGUAGUGAGAGAUGUAUUGUCCAACAUUUUCAUAGAUAUUUAAGCCAGAAGAUUGCUUUUUGUUUGUUUUAUAGAAUGCUAUUUUUGACAUACUGUCUGUGCAUGUACAGUUUGAUAUGAAUACUUGUUGACCGCAAUGCUUAGAGUCAGAAACAACAGGGUAAAUAGAAUUGUCAUCAAGCAGUAACUACCUCUUAACGGUAAACACACGUAUCUGCAAAUUUUCGAGGCUAUCAGUCCAUCUUGUUCACGGAGUGACCUAGUUCUCGCGAGAGUUGUGAGAACUAGGUCGUGACUUGCGUGAAACAACAGGGUAAUAAAGUUUGCGAAUCCUGAUGUGUUUAUAAUAUGUACCUUCUAGUGAAAAACCCAAAAUGAUUCCCAUGUCCGGACCCGCUUUGUCUUUCAUUAAUCGGACAGUUGAUGUGUGCUAUUUUGCAAUAAAAUCUUUUUUAUUUGA